GGGAGGGAGGGGGAAGAAAACAUGGAGGACUCUACUGGCAGUAAUCCCCAAUCACCCGGUUUCACUGACAAGUUAAAGUCGUGGCUCUCGUGGUCGUGGACGUACGUGUGCUUCGUGUGGUUCGGCAUGGUGCUCAUUAUGAUCUACGUGCUAUGGAGCCCGCUCAAACUGCAGGACAGCUUUACGUCGGCGUCGCUGUUUUUGAAUACACUGACACCCAAGUUCUACGUGGCUCUCACUGGGACCUCUUCCCUCAUCUCUGGACUCAUCCUUAUAUUUGAGUGGUGGUACUUCCGGAAGUACGGCACGUCAUUCAUCGAGCAGGUCUCUGUGAGCCACCUGCGCCCCCUCCUCGGCGGAGUGGAGAGCAACUCAGGUACUGGCCUCUUCUCGUCUGUCAAUGGGGAGGCUGAGCCUAGACCCAGUGUGUCAGAGUGUAAAGUCUGGAGGAAUCCUUUGAACCUUUUCCGAGGAGCAGAAUACAACAGGUACACAUGGGUGACGGGAAAAGAACCACUGACGUAUUACGACAUGAACUUGUCGGCUCAAGACCAUCAGACCUUUUUCACAGGAGAAACACAGCAGUUCAGGCCUGAGGAUUCGGUCAUGCAGAAGGCCUGGAGGGAGAGAAAUCCUCAAGCUAGGAUUAGAGCAGCUUACCAGGCCAUAGAGUUGAACCACGAAUGCGCCGCAGCGUACGUGCUCCUCGCCGAGGAAGAAGCCACAACAAUCACGGAAGCUGAGCGCCUCUUUAAAAAAGCUUUGACCAUUGCGGGUAAAGACAUCAACCUGCUUGUUUACAUUAAGCGCAGAUUGGCCAUGUGCGCGCGCAAGCUUGGACGCAUUAAAGAAGCCGUGAAAAUGAUGAGAGACUUAAUGAAAGAGUUCCCGUUGUUGGGGAUGUUAAAUAUACACGAAAACCUCCUGGAGGCGCUCCUUGAGCUGCAGGCGUACGCCGAUGUCCAGGCUGUCCUCGCCAAAUACGACGACAUCAGCCUCCCGAAAUCGGCCACCAUAUGCUACACGUCUGCCCUGCUGAAAGCGCGGGCUGUUUCAGAUAAGUUCUCCCCAGAGGCAGCGUCGCGGCGGGGGCUCAGUACUGCCGAGAUGAACGCUGUGGAGGCCAUUCACAGAGCCGUGGAGUUCAAUCCCCAUGUGCCCAAGUACUUAUUAGAAAUGAAGAGCCUGAUCCUGCCACCAGAGCACAUCCUGAAGAGGGGUGACAGCGAGGCGGUGGCGUACGCGUUCUUCCAUCUGCAGCACUGGAAGAGGGCCGAAGGCGCCUUAAACCUUCUCCACUGUACAUGGGAGGGCACUUUCCGGAUAAUUCCCUACCCACUGGAGAAGGGUCACCUGUUCUACCCGUACCCAGGAUGCACAGAAACGGCAGAUCGGGAGCUGUUACCAUCAUUCCAUGAGUUGUCGGUGUACCCAAAGAAAGAGCUUCCUUUCUUCAUCCUCUUCACCGCCGGCCUUUGCUCCUUCACCGCCAUGCUGGCCAUGCUCACACAUCAGUUCCCUGAGCUCAUGGGCGUCUUCGCCAAAGCAUUUUUCAGCACACUCUUCGCACCACUGGGAUUCUUCGCGGACAAGAUGGAAAGCUUCAUGCCGUCCAGUUUUUGGCAUCAACUGACUCGGAUCUGACCCCGACACAAACACGCACACAGUGGGAAAAACAAAGUCGUUCUCCUGUCCUCAGCAUUACUAUCUACUUGUUGCUUUUGUUACUGAUUAUAUUGGCCUGGGUCGUAUCAACAAAGCAGUCAGUACCACUCUUAAGACGCUCGCUCUUCCAGCUGCCUGCAGCAUGUCCAAGAAUUCGACAUUUACAUGUAUUUGUCACGAGGGGAAUUUGAAAUGGGUUUUUUAGCCGGUGGUAGAAUAACAAGCUGUUGUAUACAGUACUAUAUUAUGUGUAGCCACAUAUGGCUGUUAUCCGUUUGCCACAGCAUUUAAUGGUGUCAUCCUCAGUAGGAGAAGGUUAUGAGUAUUAAUAAUAAUAAUAUCACACUACAGCAAAUACAACCCAUUAUUGAUUUAUUGUUGUAUUGUACUGAUGUAUAACUGAAUUUCUUUAAAUAGUGCCCCAAUGGGUUGUCAACCGCUAAAACAAACAUCGGUCCCUCAGGAAAAACAACAAAUUGCUGUAAUUUAGGGCUGUCACGAACAAAUCUCUUUGGAUUUGACUCUCCUAUUAAUUAUGCCCUUGAUUACUUGAGUAAUCAUACCCCCAGCACCCUCCCCCUAACACACA